CGCGGAAGGCAGGGGUGGGGCCUCGCUCUCUCUCUCUCUCCCACCCCUCAGGCACUAUUUGCAUCAAAUGUUUCAUCAGGACUUCCUGAUCGUUUUCCAUUGGCUGCAGGUAGAGGGCUGUAGGAAAGGAAGAGAGUGGGAACUCAUGCAAAUCUCUGAUCGAGUCUCCGUUUUCUCUCCACCCCCCCGCCCCCCCAAUAUACCACUUCUGGAUCCAGCCCUGCCUUCUCGGAGUUGUGGAGCUGGGCUACGUCCUAGAUAAGCACAAGCACGUGUAAACGGGGGUCCCGCGCCUGAUCUCCGCAGUUGUUGUCCGGUGCACCGUGUGGGAGAGCCUUUGCACCGCUGGUUCUGGACAUCCCGCCAGCCACAUGGUGGGACUCUUAGCGGGGCGGUAGGAGCCGAGAAGAAAAGGCACCGGGACAGGCCGUUGGAAUCAUGAAUGAGAUGUCCAGUUUCUUGCACAUUGGGGACAUCGUCUCCUUGUAUGCGGAAGGCUCGGUCAAUGGCUUCAUCAGCACUUUGGGGCUAGUGGAUGAUCGUUGUGUGGUGGAACCUGCUGCUGGUGAUCUAGAUAAUCCACCCAAGAAAUUUAGAGAUUGUCUCUUCAGAGUAUGUCCCAUGAACCGCUACUCUGCCCAGAAGCAAUACUGGAAAGCCAAGCAAACUAAGCAGGACAAGGACAAAAUAGCUGAUGUGGUGCUCUUGCAGAAACUUCAGCAUGCAGCUCAGAUGGAACAGAAGCAGAAUGAAACAGAGAAUAAGAAGGUCCAUGGGGAUGUUGUGAAGUAUGGAAGUGUCAUACAGCUUCUCCAUAUGAAGAGUAAUAAAUACCUAACUGUGAACAAGCGCCUUCCUGCCUUAUUGGAGAAGAAUGCCAUGAGGGUAACACUUGAUGCUACAGGCAAUGAGGGCUCCUGGCUCUUCAUCCAACCCUUUUGGAAACUGAGGAGCAAUGGAGAUAAUGUAGUUGUUGGAGACAAAGUAAUUCUGAAUCCAGUUAAUGCUGGGCAGCCGUUGCAUGCCAGCAACUAUGAACUUACUGACAACCCUGGAUGCAAAGAGGUAAACUCAGUCAAUUGCAACACCAGCUGGAAGAUCAACUUGUUUAUGCAGUUCCGGGACCACAUGGAAGAAGUCCUGAAGGGGGGGGAUGUAGUCAGGCUUUUCCAUGCCGAACAGGAGAAAUUUCUCACUUGUGAUGAAUACAAAGCCAAGCUGCACGUUUUUCUUCGAACCACAUUGCGACAGUCAGCUACAUCUGCCACAAGCUCCAAUGCACUCUGGGAAGUUGAGGUGGUCCAUCAUGAUCCCUGCCGAGGUGGAGCAGGACACUGGAAUGGCUUGUACCGCUUCAAACAUCUCGCCACUGGGAAUUAUCUAGCAGCCGAGGAAAACCCCAGUUACAAAGGUGACACAGGAGAGACCAAGAAUUCGGUUGGAACAAGUCGUUCCAGUCGGAGGAACACAGGGGAGAAGAUCAAGUACCGGUUGGUGGCUGUCCCUCAUGGCAAUGACAUAGCUUCCCUCUUUGAACUGGAUCCUACUACGCUGCAAAAGACUGAUUCCUUUGUCCCCCGGAAUUCCUAUGUCCGAUUGCGUCACCUUUGCACCAACACCUGGAUCCAAAGCACCAAUGUGCCCAUUGAUGUUGAUGAAGAGCGGCCAAUUCGGCUCAUGCUGGGCACAUGCCCCACCAAGGAGGACAAAGAAGCUUUUGCUAUUGUGUCUGUGCCUGUGUCAGAAAUCCGAGACCUGGACUUUGCCAAUGACGCCAGCUACAUGCUAGCCAGUGUAGUGGAGAAGAUGAAUGAAGGAUUCCUCAGCCAGAAUGACCGAAGGUUUGUGAUCCAGCUGCUGGAGGACUUGGUGUUCUUUGUCAGUGAUGUAUCCAACAAUGGACAGAACGUUUUGGAUAUUGUUGUUACCAAGCCAAACCGGGAAAGACAGAAACUCAUGAGGGAGCAGAACAUCCUGAAACAGAUCUUUGGAAUUCUGAAGGCUCCUUUCAAGGAUAAAGGUGGAGAAGGUCCAUUGGUACGACUGGAGGAACUGUCUGAUCAGAAGAAUGCUCCCUACCAAUUCAUGUUCCGGCUCUGCUACAGGGUAUUGCGACAUUCCCAGGAUGACUAUCGGAAGAAUCAGGAACAUAUUGCCAAGCAGUUUGGCAUGAUGCAGUCCCAGAUUGGCUAUGACAUCUUGGCUGAGGAUACCAUCACUGCCCUUUUGCACAACAACCGCAAGUUGCUGGAGAAACACAUCACCAAGACUGAGGUGGAGACCUUUGUGAGCCUGGUACGCAAGAACCGAGAGCCCAGGUUUCUAGACUAUUUAUCAGACUUGUGUGUGUCGAAUCAUGUCGCCAUUCCCGUCACUCAGGAGCUGAUCUGCAAGUGUGUAUUAGACCCCAAGAACACUGACAUCCUGAUCCAAACAGAGUUGAGGCCUGUAAAGGAGAUGUCUCAAACUCAUGAAUACUUGAGUAUUGAGUUUUCUGAGGAGGAGGUCUGGCUGACUUGGAGUGACAGAAAUAAUGAACACCAUGAGAAGAGCAUCCGGCAGCUGGCCCAGGAAGCACGAGCAGGAAAUGCCCAUGAUGAGAAUGUUCUGAGUUACUACAGAUACCAGUUGAAGCUUUUUGCUCGCAUGUGCAUGGACCGGCAAUAUUUGGCCAUCAAAGAGAUCUCCAAGCAACUGGGAGUGGAAUUAAUCUUCCUUUGCAUGGCAGAUGAAAUGCUGCCCUUUGACCUCAGGGCCUCCUUCUGCCAUCUCAUGCUGCAUGUACAUGUGGACAGAGAUCCUCAGGAGAAAGUUAUGCCUGUGAAGUUUGCACGUCUGUGGACUGAGAUUCCGACAGCCAUCACAAUCAAAGACUAUGAUUCCAAUCUGAAUAGUUCACGGGAUGACAAGAAGAACAAAUUUGCCAGCACUAUGGAAUUUGUAGAGGACUAUCUCAACAAUGUGGUUAGUGAAGCCGUGCCCUUUGCUAAUGAGGAGAAGAACAAGCUCACUUUUGAGGUUGUCAGUCUUGCCCACAAUCUCAUCUACUUUGGCUUCUAUAGCUUUAGUGAACUGCUGCGCCUGACACGGACUCUUCUUGGCAUCAUAGAUUGUGUCCAGAACCCUCAACUGCUGAUGCAGACAGUGUAUAAUGAUGAUAUGACUGGAAAGAACGUCCGGAGAUCUAUCCAUGGUGUUGGUCAGAUGAUGUCUACUAUGGUCCUGAGCAGGAAACAAUCGAUCUUUGGUCCCUCAACUAUGACUACUGCUGUGGUUCAAGAGCCAGUAGAUAGAGGAAGGAGCAUAGAAAAUGAAAACAUUGUGGUGAUGGAAACUAAGCUGAAAAUACUGGAGAUUUUACAGUUUAUCCUGAAUGUACGACUGGAUUACAGAAUUUCCUAUUUGCUCUCUGUCUUCAAGAAAGAGUUUGUAGAGGUCUACCCAAUGCAAGACAGUGGGGCUGAUGGAACAGCUCCAGCCUUUGACUCCACAACUGCAGCAAUGAACCUGGACCGGAUUGGUGAGCAGGCUGAAGCCAUGUUUGGGAUUGGGAAAACAAGCAGCAUGUUAGAAGUGGAUGAUGAAGGAGGGCGGAUGUUUCUCCGUGUGCUGAUCCACUUGACAAUGCAUGACUACCCCCCACUUGUGUCAGGCUCCCUGCAGCUCCUCUUCAAACAUUUCAGCCAAAGGCAGGAGGUCCUACACACCUUUAAGCAGGUCCAGCUGCUUAUCUCUGCUCAGGAUGUGGAGAACUAUAAAGUGAUCAAGUCAGAGCUUGACAAACUGCGUAUGAUGGUGGAAAAGUCAGAACUCUGGGUGGAAAAGAAGGGCAGCUCCAAGGGAGAUGAUGGACAGGAAGGAGAGAAAAAGGAGAAGAAAGAGCAUGCUGCAGAUGAGGAGCCUGGGACCCCUGGAGAGAAAAGUAGUGAGAACUAUCAACUGGUUAAAGGGAUUUUGGAACGGCUAAAUAAAAUGUGCGGAGUGGGUGAACAGAUGCGCAAGAAGCAGCAGCGCUUGCUGAAGAACAUGGAUGCUCACAAAGUGAUGCUGGACCUGCUGCAGAUUCCCUAUGAAAAGGGUGACACCAAGAUGCUGGAGAUUCUGAAACUAACCCACCAGUUCCUGCAGAAGUUCUGUGCAGGCAACCAAGAAAACCAGGCCCUUCUGCAUAAACAUCUCAGCUUGUUCCUCACUCCUGGGCUGCUGGAGGCAGAGACAAUGCAGCACAUCUUCCUGAACAACUACCAGCUGUGCUCAGAGAUCAGUGAGACUGUGCUGCAACAUUUCAUCCACUGCCUAGCCACACAUGGGCGUCAUGUGCAAUAUCUUGACUUUCUGCACACUAUCAUCAAGGCUGAGGGCAAAUACAUCAAGAAGUGCCAGGAUAUGAUAAUGACAGAGCUGACCAAUGCUGGAGAUGAUGUGGUGGUGUUCUAUAAUGAUAAGGCCGAAAUAAUAUGUUGGUAUGAUGACAUUGAUCUCGCCCGGGAUGGAGUAGAUGGUAAACAGCCCUUUAUGUAUCAUGCCAUCAUCUCUCUGGUGGAUCUACUGGCAGCCUGUGCUGAGGGCAAAAAUGUAUACACAGAGAUCAAGUGCACGUCUCUACUUCCAUUGGAGGAUGUGGUGCGAGUGGUCGAUCAUGAAGACUGUAUCACGGAGGUGAAGAUUGCUUAUGUCAACUUUGUUAACCACUGCUAUGUGGACACUGAGGUGGAGAUGAAGGAAAUCUACACCAGCAACCACAUCUGGACACUGUUUGAGAACUUCACCCUUGACAUGGCCAGGGUGUGCAAGAAACGUGAGAAGCGCCUGUCAGAUCCUACUUUGGAGAAGUAUGUUCUCACCGUGGUACUGGACACAAUUAAUGCCUUCUUCAGUUCCCCUUUUUCUGAAAACAGCACCUCUCUACAGACCCAUCAGACUAUUGUGGUGCAGCUCCUUCAGUCUACGAUGAGGCUCCUGGAGUGCCCUUGGCUGCAGCAGCAGCACAAAAGCUCAGUGGAAGCCUGCAUUCGCACCCUGGCUAUGGUCGCUAAGAGCCGCUCCAUUUUAUUACCCAUGGACCUUGAUGCCCAUGUCAGCUCCCUGCUGAACAGCAGUGCCAUCAGCAAUGCACAAAGGAAUGCUUCCAACUACAAGACAGCCUCACGCACUUUCCCUCGUGUCUCAGCUACAGCCAAUCAGUGGGACUACAAGAACAUCAUUGAGAAGCUGCAGGACAUCAUCAAUUCUUUAGAGGAGCGUCUGCAACCACUGGUGGAAGCUGAACUUUCAGUCUUAGUGGAUGUCCUGCACUGUCCAGAACUGCUUUUCUUGGAAGGAACUGAGGCCUACCAGCGUUGUGAAAGCGGUGGUUUCCUCUCCAAAUUGAUCCAGCAUACCAAAGACCUGAUGGAAGCUGAGGAGAAGCUGUGCAUUAAAGUGCUAAGAACACUGCAGCAGAUGUUGGUGAAGAGGAACAAAUACGGAGACAGGGGCAAUACAUUGAGGAAAAUGCUUUUGACUAAUUACUUGCAACCCAAAAGAGCUGGCUCCAAAGGGGAGAUUGUUGACACUUCUGGAAGUGGCUCAGAUCAGGAUUGGUCGGUAAUUGCAGCUGUUCAGUGCCGGCUGGACAGAGAAGGUGCCACAAAGCUGGUUUCGGAUCUUAUCAUGAAUACCAAGAAUGAGAAGAUUUUUCAGGAAAGCAUUCGCUUGGCCAUCCGAUUACUCGAUGGGGGCAACACAGAGAUACAAAAAUCGUUUUAUAAUUUGAUGACCAGCGACAAAAAAUCUGAAAAGUUCUUUAAAGUUCUCCAUGAUCGGAUGAAGAAGGCGCAGCAGGAAGUCAAGUCCACCGUGACUGUGAACAUGAGUGACAUUGGCAACAAGCCCCACGAGGACAAGGACUCCCCAGAUCAUGGCAACAAAGGACGAGUAACAACCUUCAUGCUACCCAAUGCUCCAUCCCGUUACCCAGUGGGUGUAGGUUUCCGGACUGGCCAUGAUUCCCGAGAGAGAAACCAGAGCAAUGAAAUGGGGAUGGCAGUCUUGAUCAUGGAGCCAAUUCUUCGCUUCCUUCAGCUAUUGUGCGAGAAUCACAACCGGGACCUCCAAAAUUUUCUCCGCUGCCAGAACAAUAAGACUAACUACAACCUGGUGUGUGAGACACUGCAGUUUCUAGAUAUCAUGUGUGGCAGCACCACAGGACGGCUGGGCUUGUUGGGCCUCUACAUCAAUGAAUACAACGUGGCCCUUAUCAUUCAGACUCUGGAGACACUGACAGAAUAUUGCCAAGGGCCAUGCCAUGAGAAUCAGAGCUGCAUCGUGACACAUGAAUCAAAUGGAAUUGACAUCAUCACAGCCUUGAUCCUCAAUGACAUCAGUCCCCUCUGCAAAUACAGCAUGGACCUGGUUCUUCAGCUGAAGGACAAUGCUUCCAAACUACUGCUGGCCCUGAUGGAGAGUAGGCAUGACAGUGAGAAUGCUGAGCGGAUUCUCAUCAGCCUCCGUCCCCAAGAACUGGUUGAUGUCAUUAAGAAAGCCUAUCUUCAAGAAGAGGAGUGUGAGAACUCUGAGGUUUCUCCCCGGGAAGUUGGCCACAACAUCUACAUUUUAGCCCUGCAGCUCUCUCGGCACAACAAGCAACUCCAGCAUCUUCUGAAACCUGUGAAACGGAUCCAGGAAGAAGAAGAGGAAGGGAUUUCUUCUAUGCUUAUUCUGCACAACAAGCAAUUGACUCAAAUGCUGAAAUCAACAACUCCUGUCCAAGAGGAAGAGGAAGACCCAUUGGCAUAUUAUGAGAAGCACACAUCCCAGAUAGAGAUUGUGCGCCUGGACCGGAGCAUGGAGCAGAUCAUCUUUCCAGUGCCCAGUAUCUGCGAGUUCCUGACCAAAGAAACCAAAUAUCGACUGUUUACCACUACGGAGCAAGAUGAGCAGGGCAGCAAAGUCAGCGACUUCUUUGAGCAGUCAUCCUUUCUCCAUAAUGAGAUGGAGUGGCAGAGGAAACUGCGAAGCAAUCCAUUGAUGUAUUGGUUCUCCCGCCGAAUGACACUCUGGGGAAGUAUCUCUUUCAAUCUGGCGGUCUUCAUAAACAUCAUAAUUGCUUUUUUCUAUCCUUAUGUUGAAGCUACUUCAAUGGGAUUAUUGAAUUCUCCGCUAAUCCCACUGCUGUCCUGGUCCUUAAUCUGCUUCUCUGUUAUGGCUCUGUUUACCCGGCGCUAUGGUAUCAGACCACUCCUUGUGGCAUUGAUCCUACGAUCCAUCUACCAACUGGGCAUUGGCCUCACUUUGAACAUAUUGGGAGCUCUCAAUCUGGCAAAUAAAAUUGUAUUUGUGGUGAGCUUUGUGGGCAACCGCGGAACAUUCAUCCGAGGCUAUAAGGCCAUGAUCAUGGAUGUGGAGUUCCUCUAUCACGUCGCCUACAUCCUGACCAGUGUCUUAGGGCUUUUUGUACAUGAACUCUUCUACAGCAUCUUGUUGUUUGACUUAAUCUACCGGGAGGAGACCUUAUUCAAUGUUAUCAAAAGCGUGACCCGCAAUGGACGCUCCAUCCUGCUGACAGCCCUCCUGGCCCUCAUCCUCGUCUACCUCUUCUCCAUUGUAGGCUUUCUCUUUCUGAAAGAUGACUUCAUCAUGGAGGUGGAUCCAUUGCCCAACAUGAAAUCUAAAGCUACACCUUUUGAAAUGCAAACAAACGUAAAUGCUUUUACAGAGUCAUGCAGCAGCGAUAAAAUUAACUGCACGUCUGGAACUGUUAUGCCUGAGGUGAUGGCAGAAGAGGAUGAAGAUAAUACAGAACGUGCUUGCGACACGCUGCUCAUGUGCAUUGUCACAGUCCUGAAUCAUGGCCUCAGAAAUGGAGGUGGUGUGGGAGACAUCCUCAGGAAACCAUCCAAGAAUGAGUCUCUGUUCCCUGCUCGAGUGAUAUACGACCUCCUCUUCUUCUUCAUUGUCAUCAUCAUAGUCCUCAACCUCAUCUUUGGUGUCAUUAUAGACACUUUUGCAGAUCUAAGGAGUGAAAAGCAGAAAAAAGAAGAGAUCCUGAAGACAACAUGUUUUGUAUGUGGGGAGGGGGCCCCUUAA